GCGAGUGUCAACACCAACCAGACGCGUCCCAACUCGACCCCAACGUCAUGGCGCGUCUCAGUGAUGCGAAUGGGAAGAAAAGGCGAGGCCGGCCUCCAGGCAGCCGCAAUUCUAGUGGUGUUGUGAAGUCAAAGACGAAGCCCGCACCAAGGGCGGCUGCGGCGAAGAAGGGCAAACCUAGGAAGAAACAGGCGCAAGAAGAAGUCGAGGACGAGCUCUCGAUAGCUGUGGGCGCACAAACACAACCAUCGAAACCCCGCAAGCGCAAAUCCGACGACAUCGCCGAAGCCGAAGACGAGUCGCGCAACCAGUACGCGCAGUUGGAGACUAAGACGAAGAGGAUACCGCAAGAGCUGAUGGACACAUGGCCGCAACUGCCGCCUCAGGUCUUGGAGCAGAUGACGGCCGUGGUACGCAAUGCGAAGAAGGAUAUCGCCGAGACACAGCGAGACGAGCGCAGGAUCAUGGCCGCACACAACACACUCAAUCCCCUUGUGCGGAAGCUGGCGCGUCAAUUAGCUGAGUCGCGGAUGCCUCCCCAGGCCAAAGACAUCCACUUCAACAUCGAUAAGCUCACGGAGCGCAAUGCCCAAGUAUCACGAGAGGCCACGACAAUCCGGCAUGCGAAGCAGCUGCUCAGUGAACAAGCCAAGAUUGCUCAGCACUUGCUGAACAAGGACGAAGACAAUCUGGACGCUCUGAAGAAGAACGUCAAGAGCUGGAGGACCGAGUGGAAACACCAGAAGAAGCACGGACGGCUCCACCCCUUACUCCAAGGCCAAGGCGAUGCGACGACGAACAGAGACGGUCCAGACGAUAUACAGUUGAGGCCAUCACAACCAGUAGACUUGUCCCUCCUCGAUACGCCUAACGACGACCUUGCACCGGUGCUCGGACAAUUGCGACGCAGCCUGGAGAGUAUGCAGGGCAACCAUACACAAGUAGAGGGUCUCGAUACGGCCAUGAGGGACGCGCAGGCUGCACUAGACCAUGUCCUGUUUAAGCACGCCAGCGCAGUGCAGUACGCUGCUCUUUGAAGCGUCGACAUGCAGGUCCCGCAGCGGUUUUUGUUCUUUCCAUAGUUAUGCAUGACUCGGCGUAUGGGUUGGCUUCUGUGCAGGCGUACUGCACACGGGGGUGGGAUGAAUACCAGGGCAGGUGUAUGGCGUUGGAGGGCAUCUCUAUCAAUUUACUCCCAGUUUCAGAACUGCGAUUCCGACAGUAUGGUCAUCGGAAAAUGUGCAUUUGCGGCCGAGUCCAUUUAUGUAGUGUAGCAACACUAGAAAGUGAUUGGCUCCACCACCUUGGGAUGGCC